AUGCCUCUCGAACUGCUUCACCGGCUCGACCCAGUCUAUGUUGAACACUACAGAAAAGAUACAGCUUUAGAAAGAGUCCGGCGAGAUGUGCCCCAGUUAUGGCCGUGCUACAGACCCGGAAGUAUACCGCAAUACUGGGCAGAAAUGUCCUACUCUAGGAGUGAGAUAAGAGUUCUGAUCUUCGAGCCGAAACUGACCGUUAAUGAGCAAGUGUUUGUCGUUCAUGACCUAAAUGGGAAAUUUGUGGCAUUUGACACCGACUAUCGCCUUGCCCUGAAGUAUAGGCAUUCCACCGAUAAUGAAGACUGCUGGGCCGCAUUCAACUGGGCAAUCUGGAUUCGGGUUCAGAAGGUCGAGGAGUUCAAUAUUGACCCAGAGCGAAUGGCAGUGGGUGGUAUCUCAGCAGGAAAUAAUCUGUCAGCAGUGUUGGCCCAUAUUUGCCGGGAUGCUCACACCCUACUAUCCUUGCAAAUUUUGUCUAGGGGGCGGUUUGAUCGGGCUAACGGGCCAUACGUGUCGUACCGGGAAGUGGAAGUCACACCGGCACUGCCAACGGCAGAAAUAGCAUAUCGCCACAAGCACUUCCUUAGAAUGCCUCGACCAGCAAGGCCAGAGGAUGUGUACGAAGGAGAAGCAUAUGCUGAAAAGCUGAAGGCUGCUGGUUGUAGAACAGAAGUGAUGUGUAUGCCUGAGGAACUCCAUAUCUCCCCGCAUUUGGAAGAUAUCUUGGAAAUGGGCACAUUGUAUAAUAAAAAGGUCAUUAUUGCCAUGGAGAAGGAACUUGCUGGAUGA